AUGCGGGACUCAAAUUAUAAAUCAGUAAACAAUAAUAAAGCAGCAGUCACAAUCACAACAAGUUUAUAUGACAGAAGAGCCCUUGAUGUUACAUCAGAUAAACCAUUAGUAAAUUCAUUGAAUUAUUUAACUUAUUUUGUAUCUUCCCUGGCAAAAGUUCGAGAAACAUUAUCGGUUGAUGGUGGUAUUGAAAGAUUAGUUGAGAUUUUACAUGAAUGUCAUAAUACAGAUUUUAAUAUCCAAGAUCAAAAAUGUAAUAGUGAAAAGAAAUUACUUACUGCUUGGAAAUGGACACUUGCAUUUCAAUGCUUAGUUCUUGCAGGUACAAGAGGAACUGAAAAGAUAAGACAGAAAGUCGUUAAAGCAGGAAUACUUCCCAUAAUUGCCACAGUACUAGAUAAUUAUUUAUCAUUAAAUGAACGAACAUUCUUACAUGCCAACGCUAGGCAAGGAUUGAAUCCAACUCAACAACAAUCUUACGCACCCAAUAUCCAACCACAAUCGGAAGUCAUACCCAAUGUCUUUAGGGCAUUUCAUGAAUCUCAACCGGAAGACAUUGAACAACCACUGCAAAUGCAAAAUCAUCCUGAACCAAUCCCCAGACAGAACAUAAGGGGCCAAUUUGCCGCUUUCAAUAAUCAAUUUGGAACAGACGGCAAUGAUACACCGCUUCCUACAGAAGCUGCAUUUCUGCAAGCAUUUAUGAAUCAUUUUAAUUUCAAUUUUAAUCUGGACAAUUAUCAAAAUUCAAUUCUGGCUGCAGCAGCUGCCAUUGAAGCUACAUCUAUAUCUAAUACUACCAUCAACUCCACCACCACUACCACCAACACCAUUAAUUCAAAUCGUCCGUUUUUCCACAAUAGUCAUGUUGAUAAUUUGACUAGUGAUGAUUAUGAGAAUUUAAGUGUUGAACAAUUAUUUAAAUUGAUACGAAUAACAGCAUCCGCCCCACCACCAUUCAAAAACGAGAACCAGCAUCAACCUCCAUCACCACAACAAACAAAACAUAAUACAAUCAGUAAUGAUAUAAGAAGAAGAUAUAUUAUUGUAAAUAUAUUACAUAAAUUGAAACAAGAAAAACAGAUGGAAAUGUUAGACGAUCGAUUUUUUAAUGAUUGUGAUUACAAUAUGGACAGUAAUUUACAAUUUCUUGCUGAUAUGUAUGCAAGAGAUUUCGAAAUUAAUAAUAGACAGAUUAGCACCAACAAUAAUAAUAAUAAUAAAAUCACCGUUCGGAAUUUCACUGAGACAGGAGUAGUCAUUCCUAGAGAUGAUGACGUUGUGUGGUCAUUACAAUUACUUGCAUAUAUUUCAAAAUAUCCUUAUUUGAAAGAUGUCCUACAAAACACUCAUAUUGUCACUGAUAUGAGCAUUAGAGAAAAACAUAUGAAAUUAUAUUUAGAAAGACAAAUGAAACUUAAAAUGAAGAAGACAUUGGCCAUUAAAUUGAAAUGUAAUCUGAGUCCGAAAUCCACAAAAACAAAAACUACAUAUUUGGAACCAUUUGAUCCUUCGCCAUCAAAUUCACCCCAAAUGUUAAGUCAAUUACAAGAUGAUAAUUUGAUAUUGGAUGAGGAUAAAUUUGAAUUAUGUAGUAAAGCAGGUCUAACUGAAAACGCCGAAUUGGAAGACGAGGAAGAUAGCGAGGAUGCUGAAGGAGAAGAUGAAGAAGAGGAAGGAGAUACACUUUCCAAUGGCAGUGGAAGUGUGGAUGAUGAGAUGAUGAUGAACAAUCUUGCUAAACAUGGCAGUAACACAACAAGAACAGCCAAUAAGGCUAGUAACACCACCCCAGAUGACUAUUUAA